AUGGUGCCGGCGCACCUCAACUCGGAGCAGCAGAAGCUAGUGUACAAGGACAAGCACCGGGCGCGGCUGUCGGCGGAUGCGCCGGAGCCGGUGUGGAGCACCGUGGCGGGCGUCGACGUGACCCUCGAGCACAUUGACCGCGUGCGCGACAUACCGCCGCGGGCGUACGUCUUCUCCGAGGCACUGCGCCUCGCCGAGACGCCCGAGGACUGGGAGAACGUGGGCCGCCUGGUCGAAGGGCUGGCGGACGCCGGCAUGCCCAUGAAGCCGCAGUGGGCGCAGAAGCUGGUGCGCGUGGCGGGACACAAGGGCGCGAUGCACGUCGUGUUGAGGGCGCUGCAGCGCGCGCCGCGGACGGGCUUGCGGCUCCAGACUAGGGGCGUCGUGUCGCGGGUCAUGUGGGAGGUGCGCGCCGUCGCGGCGGACAGUGGGUGGGGCGAGCAGGAGACUGAUCGGGCGCUGCGGUGGGCGGAGCAGGUGGUGGAGCUGAUGGAGUCGGCGGAGCAUUGCGGCGGCCCCGACAAGCGGGUGCCGAAGCUGGGCGACCUGCGCACGCUGCCGUUCGUCAUUGCGACCCCGUUGGAGCUCGCGGCUGCGCAGGUGCUGAGGUACAAGGACGGUGUUGACGAGGAUGGCGUGGUGGAGGCGUAUGCGAAGGGGUUGUGCUUCAAUUUGAAGAACUUUGGCUUGCAGGAAGCCAAUGGCCAACCAGGAGACCCCACCACCAAGGAGGCAUCCAAGCAACCCAACCGCUACACGCUUUUUGCUGAAGCCACCGAGAAACUGCGACGCUUGGUGCCCGUGUGGCACGCCCUGACGCUUGCCCAACGCGUACUCAAGCCCAAGGACCGCAUGCCGCUUAACGAUGUUGAGACAUAUAAGCAGCUGGAAAAGCUACAAAAGCAGAUUGAGGCCACGAUCAAGGUCAUGAAGGCGCAGCUGCCACCCAAAACGUCUAUCGAGAAGCACGGUGACUAUAAGAGGUGGAUUCAGGUGCGGAACGAGAAGCUGUAA